AGAAGCUAAAAUAUUUUUGUCAGCGUGGCCUUAAAUUUCCCUCCACAUAUUUCGUUAUCCGAUCACAUCCACCAUAACCGUUAUAUUUCCAACUUCCUCCAUUCUCAAAAUGAGCGAAGCCGCAUCACACCGCAGAUGGCCACCGGACUUGGUUUCCUCGCACCCAAACCCAUAUUUCUAACUUCUCACUUCGCAAAGCCUUCUUAUAUCCCCACUUCUUCUUCCUCGCCCACUCGAAAGUUGUCGAUUACACGCAAUUUGCUGCUCAGAGGCAGAUCCACCGCCGAUCCAUCAGGUCAGGUUGAAAAUGAUGAAGUUGUUGAUAGCAACGUCUUGCAGUAUUGCAGCCUGGAUAAGAAGCAGAAAAAAACUGUAGGGGAGAUGGAACAGGAAUUUCUUCAAGCACUUCAGGCGUUCUAUUAUGAGGGGAAAUCUAUAAUGUCAAAUGAAGAAUUUGAUAAUCUCAAGGAAGAACUAAUGUGGGAAGGAAGCAGCGUUGUGAUGCUAAGUGCUGAUGAGCAGAGGUUUUUGGAAGCUUCAAUGGCCUAUGUAUCCGGAACCCCACUGUUGUCCGACAAGGAGUUUGAUGAACUGAAACAGAAACUUAAGGCUGAUGGGAGUGAAAUUGUGGUUGAAGGUCCUCGAUGCAGCCUCCGGAGUAGGAAGGUCUAUAGCGAUCUUUCUGUGGACUACCUAAAGAUGUUCCUUCUGAAUGUUCCAGCCGCAGUUGUUGCAUUAGGACUGUUUUUCUUUCUGGACGAUAUAACUGGCUUCGAGAUCACCUAUCUCUUAGAGCUUCCGGAGCCUUUCAGUUUUAUCUUCACGUGGUUUGCAGCUCUGCCCCUCAUAUUAUGGCUAUCGUUCACACUCACAAAUGCUGUUGUGAAAGAUGUUUUGAUCUUAGUGGGAGUCUGUCCGAACUGUGGAACUGAGAACAAUUCAUUUUUCGGUUCCAUACUAUCGAUUUCUAGCGGAGGCUCCACGAACAACGUCAAAUGCUCCAAUUGUGGAAGUGCACUGGUGUACGACUCCAAGACACGUUUGAUUACGUUGCCUGAGGGAAGCGAGGCAUGACUUGAUAAGGUACCAACCUUGAAACUACUUUGCUGUUCAGUUCAUCAAGUUUGUUCAUCUUCCAAAGAUUGAUUAAAUAACAAGUUGGAAAAAACAGAAUUGAAGAAAAACCAAUUCCAUAUACAUACCUGAUCAGUCAUGUGGUCUGCUUAUGUUUGAACAAACUGGUGCAGGAUGUUGUCGGGUGAUUAUAUUGUUGAUGUGAAGUGAUUAUAUUACACAGGCUUCUCGGGUGUUGUAUUAAGAUAUCACGUUUCUUAAACUAUUUUAUUGCACUAUCCAUUGUCAUUUGGCAGACUGGAAAAAAUAUAUAUCUUGGAAA